AUGGCAACCAUACACACAUUUUUCAAACGAACGGUUGGUCAACGUUUGUCAAACAUAAAUAAUUUAAGUACUAAUACUGGUAAUACAGAUUCAUCAAGUGACACAUCAUCAUCAACAACUGAACGUUUAACUAAUCAAACAAACGACGGUUAUAGUAGUACAUCAACAUUAGGUCUUCUAUCAGUUAAUAGUGAUGAUUCUAUGCGACGUCCUUUACUUCAUGUACAUACAAAAAUUCGUCAAAAAAAAUUUUUAUCCCGUUUAAUUAAUAAUACAACAACAAUGAGUAUUGAACAAGAACAGGCAAUUGAUGAUAAUAUUUGUUUACUGGAUAAAAGAUUACCCAAAGAACUUAUUUUAAGAAUUUUUUCUUAUCUUGAUUAUAAAUCACUUUGUCGAUGUGCACAAGUAUCGAAAUAUUGGAAUACACUUGCAUUAGAUGGCUCUAAUUGGCAAAGUAUUAAUUUAAAAAGUUUUCAACGUGAUGUUGAUGGUAAUGUACUUGAAAAUUUAAGUAAACAAUGUGGAUCAUUUUUAAAACGAUUAAAUAUUGAAAAUUGUAAAUUUAUUACUGAUCAUAAUAUGCGAAAUCUUGCUAAUAAUUGUCCAAAUUUAGAACGAAUAACUAUGAAGCAUUGUACAAAAUUGUCUAAUACAACUUUACAUCAUUUGAGUAAAUAUUGUUCCUAUCUAAUUUAUAUUAAUAUUGCAUCAUGUCAUCAUAUUGAUGAUCAAGGCAUUAAAAUGCUCAGUUCAAAUUGUUCGAAUUUGGAAUGGUGCGACAUAUCAUGGUGUAUGAAUAUAACAGAGAAUGGUAUUCGAAAUCUAGCAGAAUCAUGUCCAAAAUUAACAGUAUUUAAAGCUGAAGGAUGUACACAUAUGACUAAUAAUGCAGCAAAAGAACUUGCAAUAAAUUGUCCAAAACUAUUAUUUCUUGAUUUAAAUCGUUGUUCUACCUUAACUGAUGAAGGCCUUUUGAUUAUUGCUGAACAUUGUACAUUACUGAAUUCAUUAAUUAUUGCCAAUUGUAGAAAUUUAACAGAUACUACAUUAAUAGCACUUGGAACAUAUUGUCAUCAAUUAAAGAGACUUGAUGCAACUUUAUGUUCACAAUUUACUGAUGCAGGAUUUUUAGCAAUGGCUCAAGGUUGCCAUUUAUUAGAACGACUUGAUCUAGAAGAUUGUACAGCUAUUACUGAUGAAACGUUAAGACAUUUGGCUGAUAAUUGUCCUGAAAUUCAAAUUUUGACUCUUUCACGAUGUGAACAAAUUACAGAUGAAGGUGUUCGUUAUAUUGGUUCAAGUACUUCUGCUCAAGAAAAUCUUCGUAUACUUGAACUUGAUAAUUGUCCAACAAUAACAGAUACAACUAUUGAUCAUUUACUUGCUUGCCAAAAUCUUCAACGUUUAGAUAUAUUCGAUUGUCAACAAGUAUCAAAAAAUGCUAUAAAAAAGAUACAAACACAUUUUCCGGAUUUAAAUAUUCAUGCGUAUUUUGCUCCACGAACUCCUACACAGACUAAUCAACGUACAACAUCAUGUCCAUUUUGUUGUUGUACAUCAUGUUCAACAUGUACAUUUUCAUGUUGCAUUAUUGCUUAA